AUGUCUGAGCAGGUCCCAGCCAGUGAUACCCCGCGGCAUCUACGCCCGCUACUGCCCGCCCCGACGAGGCGGCCGCAGCCGCCACCAAGGCCCUCUAAACCUGGACGCGGCUCGCAGGCUCAAGUUCCGGCAGCCUGUGACGCAUGUCGCAAGCAGAAGUGCAAGUGCUUCGGCGAACGGCCUGCAUGUCGGCGAUGUGUCCAGCGACGCAUUCGGUGUCGCUAUGCCGCGGCGCCUGGAGAGACAUCUUCGCAGGCCCUCAGACGGAAUUACGAUGAUCUGAGAAAUCGAGCAACCGCCCAUGAGGAGAUCGUUGAGCUCUUGAAGAGUCUGCCAGACCAGGAGGCCCACCACGUGCUGCAGAAAAUCAGAGCCGGGACCGACAUCACAUCGAUACUCAGCCACAUCAAGGCUGGGGAUCUCUUGCUUCAGAUGUCUGUCUUGCCCGAGACAAGAUUUCGGUAUAAGUUUCCGUACAGGUCUGACAUGCCCGAGGAUUAUAUUCCAAAUAACCCUUACCUAGACUCGUUUAUCUAUGAUGUGGCAUCCUUAUACCCUGUGGACCAAUCUCCAAGCCCUUCGAACUCGUCCUCCGUUUCCGCCGUUGAUGAAUAUCAUAGCCUCUAUCAGAGACCAUUCCAUGCAGCACAUGUUGUUGACGCUCGGCUUUCCGAGGCAAAGCCAUCACUGUGGACCGCUGUCUGUGAUGACGAUGUGCUCAUGCGUGAGCUGAUUGGAGUAUGGUUACGUUGCGAGUACCAAUUCACCGCGGCAUUUCAGAAAGAUUUAUUUUUGGAGGAUAUGGCUGCCAAGCGGGAAGACUUCUGCUCCUCGCUACUUGUCAACAUGAUUCUUGCCUAUUCUUGUGUCUGCUGGCCACAAUUCUCGAACCGUGCAGAGUAUUGGAAUCCCAAUACACUCCAGUAUCGCUUUCUUGCUGAAGCCAAACGCCUCUGGAGCUGGAAUGUAGUGAGCCGCGCAUCACCACUAUUCAAACCGGCCUACAGGAUCCAUGCAAUCUCUCUAGCGCACGAGCUUCGCCUGUUCGACGGCAGAAUAUUGGGCCAGAGUAGCAGAAUACGGCAUGGUCGGCUGUUCACAGCAUGGUCGCUGUAUAGUUGGGAAGCACUGGUCGGCUUUUCUUUCAUGUUUCCUCCACUACUUCGGGAGCCUCCUCAUGAGCCACUCCCCGACCCGUCAGAAGAUGAACAAUGGUACGGAGAAAUCUGGGUCAGGUAUCCUCUCAAUCAGACUCUUUCACCGUCAUACUUUGGUCAAGUCUUUCGAGCAAAGUGCCAGUUUCGAAUCAUCAUGAACGAGUUUUGUCAUCUGGCCUAUUCGAAAGGCUCGAACGUAACGCUCAGCAAAGCUAACAAGCUUUUAUCGCGACUCAGAGGCUGGUAUAACGACUUGCCUCACCCGCUCCGGGCAAAGACAAUCGUACUUCCUAACCACUUGCAACUUCACAUGUACUACCAAAACCUCAUUCUGGCCCUUUAUGAGCCCUUACUCGAUGUCAAGACAGCUCAAGAACCCUCGCCCCAUCAGAUCGUUGCCGAAGCCACCAAGUACAUCCAGACCCUUGUUCGACUGUAUUAUCUCCGUCACGGGUUUGAAUCCAUGGACCUGUUCAUCGUCAUACCGCUCGUCCUCGCCGGUUUUAAGUGCAUCGAAGCCAUCAGCGAGGAAACACCAGUGCCCAAGCUCGAAGCCUUGCGAUCCACCCUUAUGCUCAUCGCAACAGGGCUGUACAGCCAGCGCCGUAAUCAUCACUUAGCACAAGCGCUUUUUCGAGUGAUUCGAGGGCGAAUGCGCCCGCACGAGGCUGCCAUACUACGAGGCAUAUUGAAUCUUGAAAAGACGGACGCAGAAGAGGACAAAGCACCGAUGCAGACUGUGCGAAGCCACUGGCCAGUGAAAGUUGUCAAGAAGGAGGAGGAACUUGAUUCGGUAAUCUUGGCAAACCUAGUGGAGAACUAUGCGCACAUGAACGUUGAAGACGAUUUUGCAGCGCCGUAA